AUGUCAACCACCAGUACUCUGACGGCUAACCCGGAAGUGGUCGACGAAGAAGAAGGAGAGAUCCGAGAGGAAGGCGGCCAUAGAGUGAGGCGCUGUAAACACGGAAGAAUACGCAGAGAUAAGCCUAAGGACAGUAGUAUUGGUGAGAAAUGUGGCGAAAGACAUCGAUCCCACAGCAGUGAAGCCAAAGCUAAACAUGUCGAGAGCGGAGACACCGAUAACACAAUUGAGUGCCCAAAUAGUAAUGAUGUGCCAAACAGUCCUAAUAUUAAUGUUAAGUUGAAAGAGAAAAGAUGUGAAUUGAAUGACAAGAAUGAGGAAUGUUGUGAUGUUUUUACUCUUCGAUAUCCCUAUCCCUGCCGUUUGGCUUCCUGGGUUUUGAAGAGCGGUAGCAAAACCAUUAAGGAGUCGCAAACCGCCACGUCUUCCGACAGACAUCACAUUCACGAGCGCCGACUUAAGGAUCAGAACCGAGAGCUAACGGCCCCCUCGCAGGUGGCGGCACCCCAUCAGACACCCCAUCAGUGUCGUAAACAUCGAGCUAUUAAUGAGCCCAUUGUUACUGUGGACGACACACGCGGCAGAAGUAAACGCAAAGGCGAUGAUUCGACCGGAGAUACAUGUGGUGCCCGAAAGCGUGUCAAGAGCUCCAGAACCGGUGCUGACAUUGAAGAGUCUCUCCCGCGCAGGAGUGGUAACGCUGAUCAGGAGAGGCAUAAGUCUCACAAACACCAUCAUUGGAAGCCGAAGACAAUGCGGAAAUUGUUGUCCAACACUACAAAAAUGAGAAGCUAUAGGGAUAGGGACGGCAAACCGAAGGACCCCAAACACGUGGAGCUCAUGUUCCGCGAACGCGAACUCAGCAAAAAACUAAAUAAGAAAUUAGUUUUGAAGAGCGGUAGCAAAACCAUUAAGGAUUCGCAAACCGCCACGUCUUCGGACAGACAUCACAUUCACGAGCGCCGACUUAAGGAUCAGAACCGAGAGCUAACGGCCCCCUCGCAGGUGGCGGCACCCCAUCAGACACCCCAUCAGUGUCGUAAACAUCGAGCUAUUAAUGAGCCUAUUGUUACUGUGGACGACACACGCGGCAGAAGUAAACGCAAAGGCGAUGACCCGACCGGAGAUACAUGUGGUGCCCGAAAGCGUGUCAAGAGCUCCAGAACCGGUGCUGACAUUGAAGAGUCUCUCCCGCGCAGGAGUGGUAACGCUGAUCAGGAGAGGCAUAAGUCUCACAAACACCAUAAGUCAAGUCGACAUAAACACACGUCUGAUCGCAAAGAGAGUCAUUCAGCAAACAAUUCUCGACACAUUCACCGCUCGUCCAAACACACUCGCCAUUCAAGUAAAAGCAAAGCCUCGUCGGCACAGAAUACCGGUGCGGACACCGAUUCACUGAUGCAUUUAAUGGCCGCUUCUGGUAACGCGACUGUCGGACCCACAAAAAUACUUCGUGACCACUCGUCAUACGCCGACAUAACACCACUUGACUCUAAGGAGAUUUAUGCCGAAGGUGACCGAAUUGUGAUUAAUGUAAAUUUUAAACGAGAUUCCAAUAGUAAUAAUAGUAGACAUCAAGUACUGGACACUAAAUGCGAAGACAACACUAACUAUGCAAACAGUGGUAAACAGUUUAGUGAAGAGCAGUCAUCGCAAGAAGGCCUAAGCAAUCGUCGGUCAUCGUCGCAAUCGACUGCCGGCACCGACUCUUCAAUGCCUUCGAAACGGUUGUCUUCGAAAAAAGAUGACUCUAUUUAUUGGGCGUCUCCGCCGCCCACUCUAUCAACAUUAGGUCGUCCUAACAAUGCUAACAAUCCUAAUAGCGCUGCCCUAUCGUCAAGCGGUGCUCAAUGCAGCCAAUCGUCAUCCGCAGCCAAAUUGACCACAAGUAUUACUCGUGUCAUUGAUUUGGACUACAAGUCCCAGAGUCGUAGUUCUGGCGCUGACCGCAAACACAGUGACAAAUUUGAUCCAAAAGAGGGCAAAAUGAAUGAGGAAUUGCCGCGAUUUCUGCCCCGAAGCCUACACCAGUCAGGCGAACGACCAAUACAUACGUCAAGUGGCGACCACUCGACGCGGCAGUCGUGCGGUCCGCACACACCCGAAGGCGAUUACUGCGGCGACCAAUUCAUGCCGACCCCCACUCAAGACGAGUCGCUAUCCCCUCAAAUGUCGGGCUCUACGUCGCGCUCUUCGCCUCUGAGCGGUCGCUCCACUCCCGGGCUAUCAAAUGGUGGCAAAGACGAUGUGUACGAUCCCGAAGCGCCGCUACAAAGUCCUCCACAACCUACCAGUCCUGUCAUGUAUAAGAAAUCGAGACCCGAUCCGAAGAGUCCAUCACCUGAACCCCAGUCCCUGACCCCUUCUCGCAUUGAUAAAACAUCAUCCAAAAGAUCGCCGCAUCGCGACCUCAGGCGUCAAUCAACGGUCCCUUUAGAGACCAGAGACUAUUCACCAAAAGACGCACAGAAGUCAGCCAAUCAUUCAUCACUUCACUCUCCGUUUAAGUCUCCUUUACUUUUGCCUCAAAGACAGCAAAAGAAGGCAUCGGCGCCGGUGUCUGUUCAUGUCGGGCAUUCGGCGAGUUCGUCAGCACUGAUGCCUCCGCCACAAUCACCGGUUGGACGCAGUGCUGCGCCGACCAGUGCUUUGACGGCCAUCUCGAAGAUCAAUCCACACAAUUUGGCACAACUCUUAAAAAUGGCUCAAACUCUGAGCUCUCCUCGCGUGUCGUCCACUACCGGUGGCGUCGCUUCCGCCACAACGCCAUCAGUGAAGACCCUCUGGGAUCAGAUAAUUAAAUCGACAGCACAUUCGCAGUCCAAUCAAUCGUCUUUACAGAAGCGCUUGAAUGCGUUGACCGGCGCCCAGAGUUCUGCAAUUGCGGACCCAAAGAAACAAAUGAGUGGACAAACGACCGCUAAUUUUAUCAAAAAACUGAAUCGUCAGGAAAGGGUGAUAGAAGAGGUGAAACUCGUACUCAAACCUCAUUACCAGAAGCGGUCCAUCACUAAAGACGAAUACAAAGACAUUCUUCGCAAAUCUGUUCCCAAAAUAUGUCACAGUCGUAGCGGUGAAAUAAAUCCUCGCAAAAUCAAGUCAUUAGUCGAGGGAUAUAUCAAAAGAUACAAGUAUUUGAAGAAAAAAUCCAAAAUACUGCCCAAAAAGUAG